AUGGCUUCUUCUUCUUCUUCUUCACCAUUAUCAAGCCCCAAUCCUUCAGCGUCAUCAAACGAAGAACGUCUUUACGAUGUCUUCUUGACUUACCAAACUAGAUGUAAAACCAUAGCUUCUCUCGAAACCUCUUUAAGGGAUGCUGCAAUCAGAACAUUCAUAGACCAGGACGAGGAAAUCUCGCCAAGGUUGUUGGAAGCCAUUGAGCAGUCCAGAAUUGUUAUCUUGGUUUUGACGAAGCACUUUGGUGCUUCCAGAUAUUGCCUGGAUAAAAUCGACAUAAUAAUAAAUUGGCACAAAAAUAUGGGCAAGAACGUGUUGCCAAUAUAUUGUGGAGUGAGUCUAUCAGAUGUACGUCAAGAGGUGGGUAGUAUUGCAGAAUUAAUGAGCAGAGGAGAUCUGCAGAAACGUGAAUUUUUCCGAUGGAGAAGUGCCUUUACUGAAGCUACGUCGCUGUCCAGUUGUUCAAUCUCAUCCAAUUGUUGCAGGGAAGAAGCCACAAAAGCUAAAGUUCUAGAGGAUGAAGUGAACGAGUCGACUUUGGGCACAUUUGAUGCCAUGCCACUAAUAGUAGUUGAGGGCAUAGAGGAGCUUGUUGCCUUGGUCGACUUUGGAUUUGAAGGACAGGAGUCAAAUCACAUUGGAAGGGAGGACCAAGAUGAGGAUCUAGGAGGCAAAGCUAGAAGAGGGAGAUGCAAGGCAAAGGAGGAAGAAGAGGAGAAGACAGCUUGUGCGUUUUGGCACUUCAGCUAA